AUGGGGUUUGUGGGGUGUGACAAGCAACUACUCUGCAAUUGCAAUUGCCACAGCCCACUACUAACUGUUGGCAAGCGCCGAGCUGAUUCCACCCCGCACUCGACUCCACCUCCUCCGGCGGGGAAGUUGGAAGUGGAGGAGCCCUUGUACGAGAAGCGCGCUGUGUACAAUAAUGUGCUUGGGGAACCUGAACCGUUGGGUCUUCGCCUCAGGAAGACUCCGUCGAUUCAGAUGAUGCUUUCUCAAUCAAAGGCAGGUAAAAAUUUAUGCGUCACUAGCUCGAAGGGCUCGAAAGUUGGUGUAAAAUCAAACUUCUUAGCUUCUUCGAGCUCAUUGAGCAAGAUUAAAGCUUCGCUUUUUCAUGCGUCAUUAUUGAGGGUUGGGACAUGGAAGUUUGUGACUAGAUAUGAAGGUGAUUUAGUGGCAAAAUGUUACUUCGCCAAAUGUAAACUUCUAUGGGAAUUUCUCGAGAGUGGCUUGAAGAGCAAGAUUGAGUUUCAUUGGUCCGACAUUACUGCAAUUAAGGCAGUAUUUUUUGACGGUGGCCAUGGGGCUUUGGAUAUUGUGUUGGCAAGACCACCUCUUUUCUUCCGAGAGAUUGAUCCUCAACCAAGGAAGCAUAUACAGUGGCAAGCAACUCAGGAUUUUACCAAUGGCCAAGCACAUAUACACAGGGGGCAUAUACUUCAAUGUCCCCAGACCUCGUUGAGCAAGAAUUUUGAGAAACUUAUCAACUGUGAUCCUCAUUUGAAGCUAUUUAGUCAGCAACCUGAUAUUAUAUUAGAAUCACCUUACUUUGAUCCGCUACUUAAUCAGCAACCUGAUAUUAUAUUAGAAUCGCCUUAUUUUGCUCCGCUACUUAGUCAGCAACCUGAUAUUAUAUUAGAAUCGCCUUACUUUGAUCCGCUACUUAGUCAACAACCUGAUAUUAUAUUAGAAUCGCCUUACUUUGAUCCUCAGUACUCUGAUAUUAUAUUAGCAUCGCCUUACAUUGAUCCUCAAUACUCAGUUUUGGAAGUCUCCCUUGUGCAACAUCAUCAAUCUCCAAUAAGACGGAAACACAAGAUUCUUUCUGGAGGACACUUGCUUUUGAUUCAGAAUACACUCCUUCACCGUGCUCAGCCUCCUUCUGCUGCUUCUGAUGAUCAAUCCAUCAUCCCGAAGGUCAAUUCCCUUUGCUACCUACUCCAGCAAGAUACAGUUGCCAGUACGAUGGUAAAUGCCCAAGUGAAUGAUCAAGAUGGCAGUGUUGACGAUGCAGAAGCUGGUAUUGGAUCCUACGAUGAACCUUAUUCAACACAGGAGGUCGAGCUAUCGUUCUUGGAAUUGAUGAUGAUUCCUCGAAUAGCAUCGUUUCCACGAAUUCUUUCUCAAUCCUACUUGACGUAG